ACGACGUUAGAAUGAAGUACACGCCAGAGAUCUCCUACAACGCUGAUGAGAAAGUUUGGAUUGGGAAAAAUCCACCUGCAUAUUUCUCUCCCGAUUUAUCAGUUGGUCAGGUUAUUUUUCAUGAAAUGAAACGCCAUCCGAAGCUCAUAGCACAGAUAUCUGUGACGGAGAAUACAGUGCUGACAAGGGAAGAACUCCUCCUAAACUCGAUGCGUGUUGCCAUUUACCUAAGGAAUUUAGGUCUUGAACAAUCAGAUGUUAUUGGAAUUAUAGCUCGGAAUACUACUCAUUUAUUCGCGGUUGCUUAUGCCUGUUUUUUUAACGGCAUUGCUUUCCAUUCAGCCAACGUAAACUAUGAGCAAGAUAAGAUUAGAAAACUAUAUGGUAUCACCAAACCAAAGAUCAUCUUUUGCGAUGGAGAUGAAUACGAGAAGGUGGAAGACGCCACAAAACAUUUGAAUCUGAAGAUUGUGACAAUGAGGAAUCAUAAAGACGGUUCUAUUAGCAUUGAUGAUGUGCUUGCCACUCCAGUCGAUCCAUUCUUUCAACCAGCACGCCUCGAAGAGGGAAUGAAUCAAACUUUGGCUAUUCUUUGCUCCUCAGGCACAACGGGAACACCAAAGGCGGUAACAAUUCCCAAUGAGGAGGCAAUUAAAAAUGUUCUUGAUUACGUAAACACUUCUGAUGUUUUGUUUACGACAAGUGGUUUGGAUUGGGUAUCUGGAUUCGUAAUAACUUUAACAUCCGGAGUUCAAAGUGCUCUUCGCAUAAUAACUGACCAGCCAUUCAAUGCUUCUCAUGUAUUGCGACUGAUUAAGAAAUAUAAAGUGACGUUGAUAAUGGCGCCUCCUCCACAAAUGGCGCAGAUGGUAAACUGUCCCGAGUUUAAAGAGGAUUACCUGGAUAGUGUACUCUAUUAUUUUUACGGAGGUUCCGGCUGUUCCUUAGAGGUUCAAAACAGAUUCCGUGGCACACUUUCUCCUAAAUGUAUGCUAAUUUUUGGAUAUGGUUUCACAGAGUUUCGUGCAGGAAUUAUUUCAAACUAUCAUUUUGAUCAAAAGCCCGGCUCCGUAGGUCGCCCAAUUGAUGACGUUAAGCUAAAGAUCAUUGACGAACAGAAUGAACCUCAAGGUCCCAAUAUAGUGGGUGAGCUUUGCGUAUACAGCGACAGAUAUUGGGCUGGUUAUUACGGAAAUCCAGAGGAAAGUCGAAAAUUUCGAGAUAGUAACUUAUGGUAUCAUACGGGAGAUUUGGGUUACAUCGAUGACGAUGGCUUCUUGUUUAUAGUUGAUCGUAAAAAGGACAUGUUAAAAUAUCAGAAUAUCAUGUAUUAUCCUAACGAAAUCGAAAAGGUUAUUUCUGAAAUGCCAGAGGUCUCUGAAGUUUGUGUCUUUGGUGUAUUAAAUAACUUAAAUGAUGACGAAGCUUCUGCAGCAGUUGUUAAAAAACUCGGAGCCCAAUUAGAACCCCAGGACGUAGUUAACUAUGUUGCAAAGCGCAUUCACGCUGAUUACUUACAACUUCAUGGAGGCGUUUUCAUAGUUGAUAAUCUAAAACGUCUUAGCAAUGGUAAGACGGAUCGUCGGGCAACAAAGGCAUAUUGCUUGGGGCCAGAGAUAAAAAAUUAAUCAUAAUAUUCGUAGCUAUAAUUAUUCAUUAUGUU